CUUGGUUGCCACGGACGCGGAAACUAAUUUUGGAGUAUUACAUAUGAAAAAUGGUCCAUCGUUGAUAGGUUGUAUUCAGUGCACAUUGUCUAGUUAUUUCGUUUGAUUCAAAAAUGGUGUCAAACAAUGACGAAAUUCCUCGAAUAGACCUAGAAAACUUUGAAGAUCCCCGGUUUAGAGACUCUAAAUACGUUCUAACCAGUCCGAGAUCACUAGAAGCAUGCGCAAAUUUAGGGAUACCUCCUGUUGAUCUUUUGCAUAAAAGCAGAGCUGAGUUCCUGGAACGUUUUAAAAAACUUCCGCCAAGCAAAAUCGAGGAAUUGUACAUAAGAAGUGAAGAACAAAGAAGAAAUAAGCUUUUAAAAGCGAGAUUAGAAAGGUGGAAUUUAGUUCAGUCCAAUUCUAAAGAUGGACUCAGCAACUCUCCGUUUGGCCGAACUCAUAUGAUGGAUGAUGAAAAUUGGACUUCAGAAACAGGAAGAAAUUCAACCUUCCAUCCAUCUCAUAGAACAUUUCAGAAUUUUGUCAACUGUCAACCAAGUUUAACAAAAACGUAUUCACAUCUAAUUGAGAAACUCCAACCUACAGAACUUAGACGGAUUGAAUUAAUGCAAAGAAAAUAUCAGCAGGAUAAAAUCGAUUAUACAUCAUCAGUUGGCUCUUUAUCAAGAAAUCUACAAAACUUUGUUCUUUUUGGUCAGGCAUCUAGACCAAAAUCAGCAGUUUGUCAAAAAUCUGGACGUGAGAAAAUGAGCUCUGAUUAUUUGAAAAACUCAGGACAGAGUUUAGUGCGUAGAGCAUCAUGUUCAUCACUUGAUAAAGAAAGACAAUUCUGGAAACGAAAACAAGCUCAAGAACAAAUGGAAAAUGAUGAAAGAGAACGUGCACAAAAAUGUUAUGAAGAGAAGUUAAACAAAGUUGAACAACACAGAAAUCAAAUUAUGAAAGAAAAAGAAAGAAGUAUGAUUGCAGCUCAUCAUGAACGUGCAAAAAGGGUUCGUCAAGUUCUGGAAAGAAGAAAACAAUUAAGGGAAAUGGUUGAAGAGUACAGAAGAGAAUUGUACGAAGCUCGAGAACAAUCAAUACAAAGAGCUGCUGAACGUGUAUCCUGUAGAUUAUCAGAAGAACAGAAACGAUUAGCUUCAGAACGAAGACAAAAACAAAUGCAAGUUGAAGAAAAUGCCAAAGAAAUACAACGCAAAGAACAAGAACUAAGAAAAGCAGCUGAACUAGCUUUACAACAGAAAGAUGAACAUAUACGUCGAAUAAUUGAAGAAAAAGAAGCUAGAAUUCAACAAUCAAGAAAUUUAGCUUUGGCAGCUGAAAGUUUACGUGAAGAAAUGUUACGUGUUUAUAAUUUGGAUAGUUUUGAUAAAAAAGUUCAAAAAGUCACAUUGAUCAACGAAAUGGGCUUAAAUGGAAAAUGAUAAUAGUUAUAUUAUUAUUAAUUUUUUUUCUGAUUAUUAUAUUGAUUGUUUGCAUUUCAAUUUUACAACAGAAUCGAUAUACAACAACUGUGCUUUUAUCUAAAUGCACUUAUCUAUAUUUAUACAUACAUAUAUUUCUAUACGCGGAUUGGGAUACCAACAGUAAAAUGUUCUGUGAUGCUUUUUCCUUGAAUGUACUUUUAUUUGUCAAUUUGUUACAAUCCUGGUGAUACUAGUAAUUAUUCUUUGUAUUUCGAUCUCAAACAGAGAGAUACGAGAAAUAUUAUCAGUCUACAAAUAAAUUGUCAUCUCCAAUCAAAUUCAUCCCUUCCGCUUUAUCAGAACAAUAAUAUAUAUGUUAUACUAUUUUAUGAAC